GUGCCCGGCCUGCGGCAGAGCGGCUCGGGCGUCAGGGCGGGCGCUAGGACCGGGCGGAGCGGGGCGGCCGCCGCGCUACCUUAAACCCGGCCCAAUGCCGCCGCCUGCGCCACUCUGCGCGCCGGCGGGGGCUGCGCAGGAGGAGCGCUCCGCGGCCACGGCGCUGCGCGGCCCGCGCGGCGACACCUGUUCGCGGCAGCCCGGGCAGCACGCGAGCUCCGGGACGCGGUCCUCGCCCGCCGCUUGCCGCUCGCCUCAUUGCAAGCCGCUGGACCUCCGCAGAGCCUCUGUAGCGUUCUGGAUACUAGCUUUGGACGCCGAAAGUUUUUUUUUUUCCUUCUUUUUGUUAUAUUAUCCUUAUUUUUUGGAGGAGGGACUGGGAGGAGAGAUUUGUCGCCGCCGCCAACGUGAGAUUUUUUUUUUCCCCUUGAAGGAUUCAUGCUGAUGUCUGCAGAGUCGGUUAGAGAGUAAAAACAGCGCAUGCCUUUCUGGAGUCAGGAUCCGUAAAUUCUGACGUAGCCCGAGCAUCUUAAAAAUCCCUGUAAUAUCGCCCAGGCACUUACGUUGCUAUGGUCAUUCUGAUCUCUAAGCAAAUGGAGAAACUACGGAUUUUUUUCCCUUAUUACGGUCGGAUGGGAUGAAGACCUUUCUGCCCGCUGAGAGUCGAGGCUCCAUAUGUAGCGAUGCAUAGCUGUGUUGAUCAAUGUCAGUGUGUGAGUAUAAAGUGGUGGCUUCUUAGACUAUCAGUGGUUUGACCUUGAACCUGUGCCAGAGAAACAGCCGAUUACUUUUAUUUAUGCAUUGGAUGGAUUGAAGAAAAGAACCCUUUUUCCCUCUCUGUCUGCAACUGCAGCAAGGGAGGGGAGUUGGAUAUACCUCGCCUAGUGUCUCCUGGUUGAUACCAUCAUUAUUGUUUAUUCUUGUGCUUAAAAGCCGAGUCCUCUGAUGGCUCCCUUAGGUGAAGUUGGGAGCUAUUUCGGUGUGCAGGACGCGGUACCGUUCGGGAACGUACCGGUGUUGCCGGUGGACAGUCCGGUGUUGCUAAGUGACCACCUGGGUCAGUCCGAAGCAGGGGGGCUGCCCCGGGGACCCGCAGUCACGGACUUGGAUCAUUUAAAGGGGAUUCUCAGGCGGAGGCAGCUGUACUGCAGGACUGGAUUUCACUUAGAAAUCUUCCCCAACGGUACUAUCCAGGGAACCAGGAAAGACCACAGCCGAUUCGGCAUUCUGGAAUUUAUCAGUAUAGCAGUGGGCCUGGUCAGCAUUCGUGGUGUGGACAGUGGACUCUACCUCGGCAUGAACGAGAAGGGGGAGCUGUAUGGAUCAGAAAAACUAACACAGGAGUGCGUGUUCAGAGAACAGUUUGAAGAGAACUGGUACAACACCUACUCUUCCAACCUGUACAAGCACGUGGACACCGGAAGGAGAUACUAUGUUGCAUUAAAUAAGGAUGGGACUCCAAGAGAAGGGACCAGGACUAAACGGCACCAGAAAUUUACACAUUUUUUACCUAGACCAGUGGACCCUGACAAAGUACCUGAACUAUAUAAGGAUAUUCUAAGCCAAAGUUGACAAAGACAGUGUCUUCACUUGAGCCCUUAAAACAUAACCACUAUAAAUGCUUUCAUGCGGUGGGUUCUUAUUGAUUAGCAGUGCCGUCACCUCAGCUCCACUGUUGCCAAACUUUGUCGCAUGCAUAUGUAUGAUGGGAGCUUGGAUGAGGACUUGCCGAUUUGCUCUGCACUUACUGGCUGGUCCUCCUGGAGGGCUGCCUAGGGCCACUUGCUUGAUUUAUUGUGAAAGCAGGGGAGAGAGGCUGCGGGAGAGGGUGCGAGUGCAUGAGUGAGUAGAGGGGGGACUGCAGCGCGCCACGAGGACAACGGCCUGAUGCAUGCUGGGAAAUAGACACGCUUUUACAUUUUUGAUCAGUUGAACUUCAUCCUAUAUCAGCACAGCUGCCAUACUUCAACUCAUCAGGAUUUUUGGCUGGUGGCCUGCUCAAGGGAACACUGCCUUUCCACAGGCAUGGAAAGUGCAGUCUCACUUAAAAAGACUAUCAGUUCAUUCUCGCUGGUAUCAUAGCCCAGUGAAUUUAAAGCAAAGACCUCUUAGUUUAAAAGAAAAAAAAGAAAGAAAAAAGAAAAGAAAAAGAAAAAAAAUCAAGGAAAAAAAAGAAAAAAGAAAAAAGGUUAAAUUUAUUUAUAGAAAUUCCAAAGGCAACAUUUUAUUUAUUUUAUAUAUUUAUUUAUUAUAUAGAGUUUAUUUUUAAUGAAAUAUGUACAGGCCAGAUAGGCAUUUUGGAAGCUUUAGGCUCUGUAGGCAUUAAAUGGCAAAGUCUGCUAUGAACCUGUGGUAACUUCAUGCAAGUAGGUAUACAAGAAUUCUAAUGGCCCUAAUGUACUAAAGGCGACAAUCUAUUUUGUGCCCAUAUUAUUAUUGUAAACUUCUGCACAUCGCUCAUGACACUGAGGAUUCACUCUUCAGACUGCUUGUUUCAUAGUUUAUCCCAGAGGAUUAAAGAUAAACCGGGUUUCAACCCUUCA